CGGUCAAUCGAUCCUCCGUCUCCCUCAGCAGAGCACUAACACCAGUCCCGGCAAAAUCAAAGUCCCAUUGCACGGCACGGCUUCCACCUUUUCUUCCUCCAAUAAAAUCGGAAGAUCUUCGUGGGUUCGCGAAGCUUUUAUCUCCCGCCAUUGAGCACAGCUUCCCGAGCUCGACUCAUAGUCCAUGGACCUCUCAGUUGCUUUUCCUCCCGCUAAGCCUCACAGUUUCGCCUCCAAACUCCCGGUUUGCCCCAGUAAGUUGCAGCCGAGCUCACUCAAGAUCCAGAGCAAGCCUUCGGUUCUUCACCUGAAGAGAUCAGUGAGAGCUGUGAAUGGGGAUGGGGAUCAGGCUCAGAGUCUGAGCCGGACAGCUGAUAAUGACGGUUUCAUUCUCGAGGACGUCCCUCACUUGACCGAUUUCUUGCCCGAUUUGCCGUCGUAUCCAAAUCCAUUGCAAAAAAGCCAAGCAUAUGCUAUUGUUAAGCAAACUUUUGUUGCCCCUGAAGAUGCCGUUGCUCAAAAGAUCGUUGUCCAGAAAGGUAGUCCUAGAGGAGUACAUUUUCAACGUGCUGGUCCUCGAGAAGAGGUUUAUUUUAAUUCUGAGGAAGUUCGUGCUUGCAUAGUGACCUGCGGUGGCCUGUGCCCUGGUAUAAAUACUGUGAUCCGAGAGAUAGUAUGUGGCUUGAACUACAUGUAUGGCGUUGAUGAUAUUCUUGGUAUUGAGGGAGGUUAUAGAGGAUUUUACUCUAAAAAUACCCUCAAUUUGACACCUAAGGUUGUGAAUCAUAUCCAUAAACACGGUGGGACUUUUCUACAAACAUCUCGAGGGGGUCAUGACACAAAAAAGAUAGUUGAUAACAUUCAAGACCGUGGAAUAAAUCAGGUAUACAUAAUUGGCGGUGAUGGUACGCAGAGAGGUGCUGCUCUUAUAUAUAAGGAAGUCGAGAAACGUGGUCUACCUGUGGCCGUUGCCGGUAUUCCCAAAACAAUAGAUAAUGAUAUAUCAGUGAUAGACAAGUCUUUUGGUUUUGAUACUGCUGUUGAGGAAGCUCAGAGAGCCAUAAAUGCUGCUCAUGUAGAGGUUGAAAGUGUGGAAAAUGGAGUCGGCAUUGUCAAGCUAAUGGGAAGAUAUAGCGGUUUCAUUGCCAUGUUUGCCACAUUGGCCAGUCGAGAUGUGGAUUGCUGCUUGAUUCCAGAGUCUCCUUUCUAUUUGGAAGGUCCAGGUGGGCUCUUUGAGUUUAUUGACCAGCGGCUUAGAGAAAAUGGGCACGUAGUUAUUGUGUUAGCGGAAGGGGCGGGACAGGAAUAUGUUGCACAGAGCAUGCAUGGAAUUGAUGAGAAAGAUGCAUCUGGGAACAGACUACUCCUAGAUGUUGGAUUGUGGUUAUCACAAAGAGUCAAGGACCACUUUACAGAUGUGCGGAGAAUGGCUAUAAAUAUGAAGUACAUUGACCCCACAUACAUGAUUCGGGCUGUGCCAAGUAAUGCUUCAGACAACAUUUAUUGCACUCUUCUAGCCCAAAGUGCAGUACAUGGAGCUAUGGCUGGGUUUACAGGAUUCACGGUGGGGCCUGUCAACAGCAGACAUGCAUAUAUUCCAAUUUCUCGUGUGACGGAAACUACAAACACAGUCAGAUUGACAGAUAGGAUGUGGGCUAGACUGCUCGCCUCUACAAAUCAACCGAGUUUCUUGAACCACCCUGAGGGGCUCCGGGGGAAAGUUGAUGAAGCUAUACUCGAGGAGAUCAACAAGAUGAGGAUCAAUUCAAUUUAAGAUAUAAACACUACUGGUUUGCCUUUGUGGUUCUGCAGGUAAUCUGCAAUGUGAUUUCUUCCAUAUUAUCCUCACUUUCGUGAGGCAGCAUAUGGAAGAAAUGAGAAAAAUGUGCAGAUUUCUGUGUAUAUCAUUUUGACUUCGGAUGGCCCGAUUUCCGCGAAGGAACUCAAACUCAAUUGCUGUAUGUGUGCUAUCCGUUGUAGGCUAGGUUGCUUCCAGCUGCAGUAUACUACACGGAAAAGUCAUCGAUGUGCUUGUUCAUUUAAUAAGAAUUCAUUCAUUUCGUUACGUA